AUGCCUGACAACCGUAAAACGAUUGACGGAGCGGUUGGUGAAGGGUGGAAAGGCGCAUGGCUAGUUCAGGCAGCACAACCAAAUCCCAACAGUAACCCCAGUCCCAAGGGCCAAUUGUUAAGCAUAAGAAAAAGGGAUGCUGUUGGCGGGACUGGUUCGGGUUGGGGAGCCCUGAAUAAGGCAAUCAAGGCGUUGGCGACCUUUUGUUCUCUAGGCCAAAUGCCUUUAUUUAUCCCGGUAGAGAUUAUCAUCCACAUCCUUUCCUACUUGCGAGAGCAACCGCAGCCCAUUCGCCAGAAUACACUCUACUCCUGCUGCUUGGUGUCCCGACUAUGGUACUCAGCUGCUCUCCCUUUGCUCUACGAGAAGCCAUACAUAACUGGGGCGAAUUUCGAUGGUUUCACUCGAGCGGUCUGCCCAUCAGUGCAGGCGUAUGCUCCACGAGGUGACCUCGGGCGUUUCGUCCGCCGUUUGGAUUUCUCGAAACUCGUCCACAGCCUCACGACUAGCUUGACGACAAGAUAUCUGGGAGAGUUAAAGACAAAUGUUGAGGUUUUUAUUGCGCCGGCAAGCGGUUUUUCGGCAAUUAACCUCGUCACUCUUUCCAAAUGCAAAAAGCUUCGCUCCAUAGAUUUAUUACACGUAAUCAGAAAAAUCGAAUUCGAAGCCAUCAAGAAGGCACUCCAACACCUGGAUAAUCUCCGUCGUCUGCGCUUACCCAGGAGAACAAACAUCACUAUGGUAGCAAGUCACCUGUCCUGGCCACCAAAUCUCAGAACGCUUGAAAUCAGCGGAACGCUUGAUCGUACCACGAUUCUCACAUUCGACUGGCCGCCGAAGCUCUCCAGCCUAACACUAGCAGGGAAAGCCCUCAAAGAUCCAGCAUUGAUACCAGCUGUCCUGAACAACUCUUAUCUGCGCACCCACUUGAAAAGCUUGAGAAUCCCAUAUGAAACGCAUUACACGCCUCAGCAUGCUGAGCUUCUACUUCAUUCUAUUCCCAACUUGCAUUACCUUUCGAUCCAGGGGGAUUUGGCCAAACCGCCGUUCUUCCAUACCCUCGCUUCGUUGCCUUGGCCGCUACCGUUGGAGAUCCUCGCCUUUGAACAAUCCCAGGGAUUUCCAGACUUUUCGAAGGAAGAUUUUCUCCAUGCGCUGGAUGGGGGGUUAAGGAACCUUCGAUUGCUUGGUUUACAUGAAUCUCAUCCAUCUAAGCUGAGGAUCGUGUCUGAUGACGAACUCGAUGAGUUGUUGAGGCGUAACGCUCAGAGAGCAGGUCACUCUCUGGACAAGAUUGAGAGUGGAGAUAUCCCUGUUGGAGUUUAUCAUUUUGGUUGA